UUUGAAGGGGGACCCCCAGUUUUACAAUUGCUCUGCAAUUGCCUCUCGAGACACAGCUUCCACAACCAGAACGGGGGUUCUCAUAGCUGCAAUUCGAUUGAGAUUUUUGCGCAUUUUCGGCUGAAUGCGUGGUUGAAUGCCUCAGGUCGUGUAGGCUUUGGUGAAUUUUGCAGAGUGAGGUUGUGUGAGUCAGUUUGGAGUCGGGGCGAAAUGGCGCUUAUGGUAGCUGGCUCAGUGGCUGCCCUGCAAGGUGCUGGUGCUCUGAAUGCUUCCAGUAGUAGCAGCAAUGCAGCUGUGGUGUCGACAGCCUCUUCAGCUUCCGCUAUGUUCGGUGCUAUGCCAACUUUGAAGGCGAAGUCGAGCGCCUGCUUCCGGAAGGCCGCUGUUGUGUCUGUGCGGGCUGUUUCUUUGGAUCCCUUGUCGGGAAUGGUGGAGGACACUGAAGGGUUUGGAGAGGGGAUGGACCUAGGUCAAAGGGAAAUCAGACAGUAUCCUCCCGGCUUGCAGCGCUACGAGACAAUGACUGUGUUGCGUCCGGACAUUACUGAGGACCAGCGUCUUGCGCUCACUCAGCGUUACGAAGAGGCCAUCAUCGCUGGAGGUGGAUUGGACGUUGAGAUGUUCAACAGGGGCAUGCAGCCGUUGGCCUACAAUAUCAAGACUAAGAACAUGGCUGGAUUUGCAAACAGGUACUUGGACGGAAUCUAUCUAUUGUUUACGUACGUGACCAAGCCAGAGAGCCAAAAGACCAUUCAGGACAGACUGAACCGGGACGAUGAUAUCAUCCGUUCCACAACGUUCAGGCUUAAGGCGUAGUUAAGCUUCUGAUGAUUUAGAGUUAGAAUGGCAGAUAUGAAUUUGAGAGCUGUACACCAUCCUUCUUUUGGUAUUUUUGGCCUUGAAAUUGGCACCAUCAAUCUACACUAGAAACAUUUGUGAAAAUUUCAGUGUCUCUAUGAAAAGAACUCCUGUGAACUGAAUACCCAGAAAUUAUUUGUUGUUAAAUGUAAACCCAAGAUUCUCACUGAA